AUGAAGCUCACUAUCACCCUGACUCUGAACAUGCAGCAACUUGAGGUCAUGACAAUGGAUCCACAGCAACGUAUUCUGCUGGAGAAUGUGUAUCAUGCCUUAGAGAAUGCCGGUAUACCUUUGGAUAAAGCAAUGUCUUCGAAUGCGUCAGUUUUCGUGAGCGGCUUCAAUCAUGACCACCUCCAAAGACUGAACCAUGACCCACAAGCAACGGCUAAAUAUAAACCAACCGGGUCAGCAAAUUCAAUCUUAGCUAACCGAGUAAGCUGGUUUUUUGACUUCAAAUCCGCAUCCGUCACUGUCGAUUCAGCCUGCUCCAGUAGCAUGGUAGCCCUACACCUCGGCUGUCAGAGCCUUAGGACUAUGGAAAGCCGCAUGGCUGUAGUUUGUGGAGUGAAUCUAUUAUCCUGGCCUAAUGACUAUAUGGCUAUGUCACAUCACGGUUUCCUUUCUCCUGAUGGAAAAUGCUACAGCUUUGAUCAUCGUGCAAAUGGGUAUUCGCGUGGAGAAGGGGUUGGAACACUGCUUCUCAAGCGUGUCUCUGACGCCAUCAAAGAUGGAGAUACUAUUAGGGCAAUUGUGCGGGGGUCGGCUAUAAACCAGGAUGGUCGAACUCCUGGAAUCACUUUGCCAAACGCCACUGCACAAAUCGAACUCAUGCGCGACGUUUAUGCCAGGGCUAGACUUGAUCCAGAGGGUACCAUGUUUGUUGAGGCCCAUGGCACUGGUACCGCAGCUGGAGACCCAAUCGAAGCACGGGCUAUCGCGCAUGCAUUCAAAACUAGCACGAGAAAUAUUCCUUUAUACAUUGGCGCAAUGAAGUCCGGGAUUGGUCAUCUCGAGGGAGCAUCCGGCGUUGCAAGUGUGAUGAAAGCUGUUAUGAUGCUCGAGUCUGGUAUCGUGGUCCCUAAUGUCAACUUUGAACGGGCAAACCCGAAAAUCUUAGCCUCGUGGAACCUUCAUUUCCCUACUCAAGCCACCCACUGGCCGACGGCUGGGAGAAGAAGGAUUUCCGUGAAUAGCACAGGGUUCGGCGGUACAAACGCUCAUGCAAUUCUGGAAGAUGCUUAUUCCUAUCUAGAGUUUUAUAACCUGCGUGGUAUUCACAGAACCGUAGAUGUUCGGCCAACCACAAGCGAUAUCGAAAAUUUACUGAUUCAGCUUAAUCUACCGAUGCAGGGGGGUCACCAUGCCAUCAGUGGAGAUCUACAAAGCGAUCGAAAGCUAAACAAUGGCACCCUGAAUGGGUGUUCAACAUUGCAGGCUAAUGGAACAAAAGUCAACGCGGAAACAUGUGCUGCGGUGGUAGCUGAAGUAUCAUGCCCCCUUAUUUUCCCUUUAUCAGCCUUUGAUGAAGGUGGUGUGACGCGAAAUGCAGAGUCACUUUCCAGCCAUCUAAAAGGUUUACCCCCCAUGAACAAGGAAAUAGAGGGUAAGUAUUUAUCAGACCUAGCUUAUACCCUUUGCAAGUCACGCUCCGAGUUUGCAUGGAAGAGCUAUUGCAUUGCUUCCACCAUUUCGGAGCUCGUGGUCGGAAUUAGAACCGGCCUCCAUAAGCCCGCCAGAGCAAGCAAGACUCGAGCUCUGGGCUUUGUCUUUACUGGGCAAGGCGCUCAAUGGUAUGCAAUGGGGCGCGAGCUGUUUUCCUAUCCAGUCUUCAGAGCAAGUAUUGAAGCAGCGGAUACUUAUCUGAGGAGUUUAGGCAGUUCAUGGUCCUUACUUGAGGAAUUCCACCGAGACAAGACUAGCACAAGAAUUAAUGAAGCAGCCAUUUCACAUGUUGCUUGUGCUGCACUGCAAAUAGCUAGUGUUGACCUCCUCUACAGCUGGAACAUUCAACCCUCUCGGGUAGUAGGACACUCCUCAGGGGAGAUUGCCGCUGCAUACUGCGCUGGUAAGAUUGGCCGUGAAGCUGCAUGGAGGGUUGCCUACUACCGUGGUAUUGUCUCUUCCAUCAAAUAUCCUACGAAAGGUGCUAUGCUAGCCGUGGGGGCUUCGCAACAUGAUUUAGCACCAUAUGUGGAGCAAAUCCAUCGCAUCCUGCCAGGAGAACUCAUCAUAGCAUGCUACAACAGCCCAAUGAACAGUACCAUAUCUGGAGACGAGUCUAAGGUGGAUGCCCUAAAGGCAUUGCUAGAUACGAAUAACAUCUUUACGCGCAAACUAGCAGUUGGAAAUGCCUAUCAUUCUAGCCAUAUGAAAGUUGCAGCCAACGUAUACCUCAUAUUGCUUGGAGAUCUUAAAUCCAGUGACAAAUUAAUACCCCGAGGGGAGAUUUCCAUGUUUUCUUCCAUCACCGGCCAGACAGUGAACUCGAAUGAACUGGAAUCGGCGCAAUACUGGGUCGAUAACCUAGUCUCGCCCGUGAAUUUCACCAAGAGUCUCACUGCAGCGUGCUUCCAAAAUGUGAAGAAGGGCCAAAAACCAGUGAGCAUCAACAACACAGCAGAAAACAUUUUUCUCCACGAUAUCUUAGAGAUUGGUCCUCAUGGCGCUCUGAAAACCUCGAUCAAACAAUCUAUCAGCGCGCACACCAAUGCAGCAUCGAUUGAAUAUAUAUCUAUUUUAAACCGCAACAAUCCUGGCCUCACGACUACCUUGGCGAUACCUGCUGCGUUAUGGAGCAGAGGUUAUGACGUUAAUUUGCAUGGCUCUAAUUUAUCAACCGGACCUUCACGUCCCCAGGUCCUCGUUAACCUCCCACCUUACGUUUUUAAUCAUACGUCGAGGAUUUGGUUUGAAUCACGGCUCACAAAAAAUUUUCGCCUGCGCGAGUAUCCCAUUCACGACCUUUUUGGGGCGCCUGUGGACGAUUGGAAUGCCAAUGAGCCACGAUGGCGAAAUGUGAUUAGGGCCCGGGAGAAUCCGUGGCUUAAAGAACAUAUAAUGACUGGCAGUUACAUUUAUCCUGGAGUUGGAUACAUCGUCAUGGCAAUAGAAGCUGUUAAACAGCUCUCAGGGUCCAAUUUAGCACUCUCCGGGUUCCGCCUUCGAGACAUUUCUAUCAAAGCAGUAUUGCAUGUGCCAGACACCAGAGAUGGUAUUGAAGUCAUGGUAUACAUGUCACGUAUGGAUGAAUCAAGCACAGAGCGCUCAAAGGUGUGGUUCAGUUUCAGAAUUAUGUCGUGGAACAGCACAGAGAGCGACUGGAUUGAACAUUGCACAGGCUACAUAUCAGUCGAGGCGGACCCAAAGGCCAAUUUCAUUGGCAAUAGGUUUGAAGUCCAGCAGGAGUCAAUGAUUUUGCAGCAAAAACUUGGGAAAUCCAUCCGGCAGUGCCAGUGUCCGCUUGACAUCACCCAAUUUUACGAAAACUUGUCAGAUAAAGGUCUCAUCUUCGGGCCGUUAUUCCGGAAUCUUUCGGAUGUUAAAAUGGCUAAGGGGUCUGGAGAAGCCACUGGAGUUGUGACUAUCCCAGAUAUAGCAGAGUCGAUGCCAAAAAACUUCAUGCAUCCUCAUGUCAUCCACCCUUGUACCCUCGAUAGCAUGCUACACUUAUCCAUGAUGUCCAUUCUGGAUAGCUUGAAAACUGAUUCCCUGCCCGUGGCUAUGUUGCCAACUUUCAUGCGGGAGGUAUGGGUUUCAGCUGCCACUGAAAGCUGCCCCGGUCACGCAUUUUUUGGGCAUGGAAAAUCAACAUCAGUUGCCGCGCAGAAAUAUGAAACUGACAUUACUGUAUGGGAUGCAGACCUAAAUGAACCAAGAGUCAUAAUUAAAGGUCUAAAAGCCGCGCCAGUUUCAAAUACCGAUGUCGCUGAAUCCCGCGUCAGCGGGCUCUGCCAUACUCUUAAAUGGAAGCCAGAUAUUACCCUUUACAAAUCGCAGAAAAUGCCAAAUUUAGUGCCCGUGACCCAAGAUAAAAUUGACCGCAGGCGACAAGAAGUGCAGGAGCUUCAACUAGCAACUAUGUUGUUGAUCAUGGAUGCUCUCGACCAACUUCAUAGUUUCCCGUUUGAACCACUUGAAGGUCACCUCCAAAAAUAUUAUAACUGGUUAACACUUCAAGCCAGGAUUUUGAAAUCAAACACGAUGAUUCAUUUGCCUUUUGCUAGGUGGCUGAAACAUAAAGAUGACACCGAAUUCAAAUCAUGUCUCUACAACAGAGUUGCUGCAAGGAGCGCGGAGGGCGAACUCUGUAUCAGGGCUGGAUUGAACAUUGCGCAAGUCCUUCGAAAGGAAGUUGAUCCACUUCAUCUAUUGUUCGGGAUUGAUGAUCUACUCGAUAGAGUCUACGCUGGAUCGAUUGAGGCUGGUAAUACCGGUCGCUUACUAAGGGCAUGCAUGGACCUAAUUGCACAUAGCUACACAGAUCUCAAGAUACUUGAAAUAGGCGCUGGGACAGGAAGCUUGACAGCAAUCCUUCUCGAGACGUUAAGCCCUAUUUCAAGUGAGCACAGUUCCGGAAAAGGGUCAAAAAUUGCAAAAUAUGACUUCACUGAUAUCUCUGCCAGCUUCUUCGAGAAGUCCAAGGAACGCUUCAAGGCUUGGGCCAACAUUCUCAACUUUAUCCCAUUGAAUAUAGAGGAAGAUCUAAAGGAUCAAGGAUUUACACUACGGGAAUAUGAUAUCAUCGUCGCAGGGAAUGUUUUGCAUGCAACCAAAGAUCUUCGAAAGACGUUGGGUAAUGUUUGGCGCCUACUUAAGCCUGACGGUCGGUUGAUCAUACAAGAAGGUAUAAGGCAAGAUUUUCUGUUUGUACCUGUCGCUUUCGGCUUCCUGGAAGGCUGGUGGCUCAGUGUGGAGGAGGUUCGACAAUCAUGCCCUUUUGUUAGUCAAGAGGAAUGGAAAAAAGCUCUGCAAGACACUAGUUUCUCAGACAUCCAGAUAAAUCUCCAGGAUUGGGAUGAUGAAGACUUGAAUGGGAUCAGCACAUUUAUAACAUCCGCCGUUGAUACUGAAACUCACGAGGAUCCGAUUCCUAGAGAUAUACUGAUUAUCACGGCCGAUGGAUCACAAGACGACUUUUCAACCUCACUCAAAGCUAAGCUAUCAAAGGAAUACAGCAACUUGAACUACCAAAUUGCCAAACUAUCAAAUUUGAGCCAAUUUAAGCUCUCUAGUGCACUCUGCAUUUCCCUGGUGGAGUUAAAUAUCCCAAUACUUUCAGAUCCAACGGAGCAGGAGUAUGACAGCGUCCGCAACCUUUUGUCCGUCUGCAAAAAAGUGCUCUGGAUUACAGGGGACCCAACAGCUAAUCCCCACCUCAAUUUGAUUGCAGGUCUCAUGCGCUCGGUGCGAUGGGAAAGAGACCUUGAGAAACCUAACUUGGUCUCGCUUGGGGUUAUGAAUCCUCUGCCGCCACAGAGCUCUAUACUGCAAGCUAUUACGGACAUUAUUGACCACCAAUAUGUGAAAGCACACGAGCGCAAGAGUAAUGCAGAAUACCGCCUCCAGGAUAAUAUGAUCCUCACGAAUCGGCUUACCAAUGCCACGGAAAUGAAUGACUAUCUAGUUACCAAAUCAUCGAAACCUAAAGCUCAAAUGACGAGGCUGCAUGAAGCAGAAGCACAAAGGCCUCUGAGGCUUACAACCGAGGCCCCUGGUAUGCUAAACAAACUUCAGUUCGAAAGCGAUUCAACGUAUUUUGAAUCACUUGGCGAGGAUCAGCUAGAAAUCCAAGUUAAAGCAGUUGGGCUCAAUUUUCGAGACAUUAUGAUUGCAAUGGGCCAACACGAUGCGAUAACACUUGGUAGUGAGGGCUCAGGAGUUGUAACCCGAGUUGGCGCUCGAGUUCAGGGAUUCAAGCCCGGCGAUCGUGUUAUAUAUAUGGACGGGCACACAAAGACUGGUGCCUUCCAGACAUAUGGCAGGUCUCUCCAAAAUUUGGCUGCACUCAUGCCAGACAAUAUGAGCUUUGAAGUAGCAGCAUCCUUACCGUCUAUUUAUAUAACCUCUAUCUACGGGUUAUAUGAGGUGGCUAAGCUUAGCAAAGGGGAUACUAUUCUAAUUCAUAGUGCUGCAGGAGGAGUUGGCCAGGCCGCCAUCAUGCUAGCAAACAUUGUCGGUGCAGAAGUGUUUGCUACGGUAUCGACUGCUGAGAAGGCAGAGGUGCUCAUGAAUCAAUAUGGGGUCAAAAAAGAUCAUAUAUUCUCCAGUAGAGAUCUGUCCUUUGCUCAGGGUAUUAUGAGGAUGACAAACGGCCAGGGUGUCGAUGUUAUACUAAACUCCCUUGCUGGCGAGUUCCUUCGUCGAUCAUGGGACUGCAUAGCACCGUUUGGCAGAUUCAUUGAGAUAGGAAAGAAAGAUGCACAGAAUCAUGGCCGGGUUUCGCUACACCCCCUUCUUCGUAAUGUUGUCAUGGCCAGUGUUGAGCUACCAACAAUCAACCGCUACCGGCCUCUAACCGCUAAGAGACUGUUCGCCAAAAUCAUCAACCUAUGGUCCGAAGGGAAAAUCAAAGAGCCAUAUCCGCUUAAUUUGUUUAGCUAUUCGCAGCUUGAGGAGGCUUUCAGAGUGAUGCAAUCUGGCAAGGGAAUGGGAAAGACAGUUCUCGUCCCGAGCCCCGAUGACAUUGUCCCAGUUGUCCCACAGCCACUUGUGUUGCCAACGCUAAGUGGUGAUGCGUCAUAUGUGCUUUCUGGUGGACUUGGUGGUAUUGGACGCAGUGUUGCCCUAUGGAUGUCAUCACGGGGCGCGAAAAGCCUGAUAUUCCUCUCUCGUUCUGGUGAAGCAAGUCCUGAUGCGCAAAAGACCAUUGAAACCCUAAAAGGUCGCGGAGUCAAGGUCCAGGUAUUCGCGUGCGAUGUCACGGAUAAGGAUCGCGUGGCCGCGGUCCUGAAGCAAUGCGAAGAAACGCUUCCGCCAAUUAAAGGUUGUGUUCAGGGAGCCAUGGUUAUCGCAGACAAAAUUUUUGAAAACAUGACCCUUAAGAAGUUCCAAACAGGAACUCGCCCCAAAGUUCAAGGAUCCUGGAAUUUGCACCGCCAUCUCCCACGGGAUAUGGACUUCUUUAUUAUGCUGUCUUCUGUCAAUGGACUGGUAGGAAAUCGUGGUCAAGCCAACUAUGCAGCAGGGAAUACGUUCCAAGACGCUCUGGCAGCACAUCGAGUCUCUCUUGGCCUACCUGGCACAUCCCUGGACCUGGGGGCUCUUUUGUCCGUUGGAUAUGUUGCGCAGAACCGCGAGAGGUUAACUUCUGGGCAAACGGUUGCUGGACUCCUAGGGUCAGUCCGCGAAGAUGAGAUUCACAGCAUGAUUGAACGAAAUCUUGAGCCUCAAGAAUACAAUGAUCGGCCUACUCAAAUUGCAUCUGCUAUAUCAACUGCGCAGGAGUAUGUGGUUCGCGGAAUGCCUGCGCCCUCCUGGAUGUAUAUGCCAUUGUUCACUCACCUAUCGUCGAAGAGUUCAGUUCAUCAUGGUACUCUUGGGGUUGAGCAAGAUCAAGAUGGUCUGAAUAUAGCUGGGGCAUUGGCAUCUGCCACCUCUUCGGCGGAUGUUAUCACAGUUAUUUCGGAUGCUAUCCGCGAUAAAUUAUCGAAACUACUGAGCAUUUCAGUUGAAAAUAUCGACUCAAACAAGAGUGUGAGUAGCAAUGGCGUUGACAGCCUUGUGGCCGUGGAGUUCCGGGUAUGGCUUGCGAAAGUCGUCGGUGCCGAUGUUCCGUUGUUGGAUAUCAUGAGCAGCAUGCCUAUCGCAGGGCUUACGGGCUUAGCUGCAAAAGCUGCAGUUUUAAGCAACCAGAUUCCAGCAAACUUGAAACCUAGCGGGGAGAAGACGACUUAA